AAGGAAGGAGAGGGGGGCCAUGGCCUGCAGAUCCAACCAGUCCAACCAGUGCAGAUCCUGCCCGGCCGCCCACUUGUCCAGUCUGCCAGUCUGCCAGUCUCGUGCCCCCCGUCCAGCCAUCGUCUGGAAAUGAUCAAACCGGGCUAGAAGCCAAGUCUCUCUUGCAUUCGCCCGCCCUGUGACUGGCCCUGUCCCUCUCGAUAUGUUUGUCGCGCCGCAUUUUAACAUUAAUUUAACCGCGCCUGCUGCUACCUUUUGGUCUAGUUCCUCCACCACCCUCGUCUUACUCUCUCGGUGACAAGACACGACGACGACUUCGUCUCUCAGCUGCUGACGAGACGAACAUGCUGCCGUUCAGGUAACAACGACUGACACAGCCGACGAGGGCAAACAACCUCCCCACGCCGCAAGUUGGCAACCCCUCCCAGACAACCAACCCCGCCACCAACAAGCUCAACACCCGACCGUUGCGUCGGGAUCCCGCCCGUCGCAAUGGCCACAGCCCUCAUGUCAUACGCCAACAAGCGAUCUAGACUAGUCGCCGCCGUUUCCUUCGCCGUCUUCGUGCUAUUUUUCCUCUUCAGGAUUGGAGGCGGCUCAGGCGCAGGCCUGUACAGCGAACCAAAACCAGCCAAGGAGGAGCCUCCGCCCAAGCCCGUCUACAGCGGCCCAAGAAUCGAACUUUUUGGCCUCAAGGAUUUUGGCGCAGAGGUCGAGAUUGCCUCCCUCAACAUCAGGGUCAAGGAGCAGCACCAACAGCACAUCAGUGACACGCCCGUCGCCAAGAACAGGCCCGCUGUCGCAGCAAACCCCGUCUCCGUGAAGCCUAAGCCUGCGCCUCCAACAACGCCCGAGGUCGAGCAUUCCCGCCCCGACCACUCGCGACGCCAGGGUUAUGGCAUCUUCACGCCCUCCCCGCUCCAGCAGCAGCUGCCCAUCGCCCUGCCCAAGUUCACAUCCCACCGCCUCGACGCCCCGGAUUUCAACGAGACUGCCCUGAACACGCCUGUCCCCGGGAUCCCGCCCGCCACCACCACUGUCACUAUCCCUCCCAAGAAGAAGGACCCCGAUGCCUCCAGGAUCACCUUCGGCGUCGCCACCCUGCUCAGCCGCAUGCCCGAGGCCCUGCAGAACUUCAAGCACUGGGCCGCAAACACAAACGCCCGCUUUGUCGUUGUGCACGAGCCCCAGGACACCGAGGCCCGCCCUGGAGAGCCCUCCCCGGAGGAGAUCAAGACCAUGUUCCGCGACGCCGGCAUCGGACACCUCUUCCUGGUCGAGUCGGCCAAGGGCUGGGGGGAGAGGUACCUGUCGCUGCUCGGGUGGCUGAGCAGCACGGUGGAGAAGCAGACGGACUGGGUCGCUCUGAUCGACGACGACACCUUCUUCUUUGACAUGAACACCCUCAUGGGCAUGCUCAAGAAGUACGACCCAGCCGAGGAGUGGUACCUGGGCCGCCUGUCCGAGAACAAGUGGAACAUCAACAACGGCGGCUUCUUCGCCAUCGGCGGCGCCGGCGUCUUCAUGUCACGGCCCCUGAUCGAGAAGCUGGGCCCCCACGCCCAGUCGUGCUGGGACGACCGCGGCGACACCCCGACUGGCGCCGACUGGAUCGUCGGUGACUGCGUCUACCGCCACACGACCACCAAGCUCAACAUCGAGCACGGCCUGUUCCAGCUGGACCUGCACGCCGACGUCACGGGCUUCUACGAGGCGGUCCGCAAGCAGCCCGUCAGCGUGCACCACUGGAAGAGCUGGCACCACCACGACCUGCCCACCAUCGCCGCCGUCUCCGAGGUCUGCGGUAAGCCCUGCGUCCUGCAGAACUUCCGCUUCCAGGACGGCUGGCAGAUGGCCAACGGUUUCAGCAUCGUCCGGUAUAGCUACAACGAGACUGAGCUGGCCAUGCAGCACCCCGAGGCCAUGGAGCACACCUGGAAGAAGACCAUCUGGGACAUCGAGGACAGCUGGACGCACAGCCUGGACCCGCUGAAGCCCAGGGAUGAGGGCAAGGUCCAGUUCCUCGUGGAGAAGAGCGUGCGCGACGAGGCGGCCAGGACGACCACCAUGUACUAUGUGCGGCGAGACGAGGACGGGAUCGGGAGGGGCCUCAUCCGCGUGGUGUGGCAGGAAGCGUCGUGAUCUGCUCUUGUGCAUCCAAAGGGCCCAUAAUUAGAAGGAGUCGAAGGAUUGGAUUUCCAUGGGAACAAAGGUUAGACAGAGGAUAAUCUCCCUGCUGUACUACCCGGGAGGAAACGAUGCAUUUUUGUUUUUUGUUCACUAGCAUCACACAAGCAUUCCAAAAAAUAUCGAUGAAUUAUGAGCAUCACAACGGAG